CCUUAUCUUAACAGCGCCUGACAACGCCUAAUUUAAUACCUACUGCGGAAAAUUUUGCUUCCAAAAGAUAACGGCUGAACUAUUUGUUUUGUUGUCCAUAUGAGUAAGUACGUGUUAUAAGGGGUAAAUGCAUGUAGUACUAUAUAAUUCCUACACCAUUUCGGCAAUCAUUGUCCAUUCCAUAUCUUAUCAACAUCACUCACACAUCCUGAAUCAUAGAAAUGCCGCACUUCCUCGCCUCAACCCUCCUCUCUCUUUCCCUCUUCCUAGCAACCAUUCAUACAGCCAGCGGACAAAUCCCCUUGGCCAGCAUCGACAUGAGCUCAUCCACAGAUCUAUGCUGCACCUCGAGGGGUACCUGGUCCUCCUUCCAGAACAACCGCCAAGGCACAACCUUCUGGGCAUUCUGAACAUGCGCAAGUAUUCCACUUCGCUGUUACCUAACACACAUUACCCCCCUUUUAUAUCUCUCCUCAUGGUAUACGUAAUGGUUUGGCUGACAUAUCAAGGGUAGUGUGAAGACGGCACAGAUCCAAACCACCACCAUGAGUGCGACAGGAACAAACCGUUUCCGGUUGGCAACUCGAGUCUGAGUCAUUAUGCUGGGGAUUUGUAUGUGACGAGAGCGAGGUUGCGGUGGAUUAUUCCGCCUGAGUAUGAAAAGAGUGCGUUUUUUUGCCCACACACACACACAUGCAUGCAUCAC